AUGUGUCAAUUGUCAAGAAUCGAGAACGACCCCGCAGCAGCUGAGGAGAACAGGACCAGCCCCCUCACACCAGCAUUCUCAUGCCAACGCCUUAACUCAACCACAUUUGUCGUAAAAGAGAACGAUAGAUGGGGCGAGGAACCAUUGAUUUAUGUCAAAAUCUACCUGCACGAUAUUGUACUCAUUGAUUCGGGCUGUGGAGGAUCGACACAGACGCCCUCCAUAGAUCUCACGCUCAAGGUGUAUCUCGAGACGAUUCCAGUACCUGACAAUGAAGGUCUUCCACUAAACCGGUCUGGUGUGAAACCGUAUACAAUUAUCUCUACUCAUUGUCAUUAUGAUCACAUCGGAGGAAUGCCUGAGUUUAUGAGGACCUCCGGACUUGCCGUCUGGGCAAGCUCUGCGGGGAAAGACUAUUUGACAGAUCCUCAUAAGCUGAAAAGCGCCUCGCUAUGUGCUUUCGUCGGCAUGGAGCUGCCAAGGUAUCAUGUUACCCACUGGGCAGAGGAUGGUGCUCGAGUGGUCAGCAGUUCUGGGGAGGACCUGAACUUGGUGGUUUUUCAGACACCAGGUCACAUGCCCGAUGAGAUUGCUAUUUGGGAUGCGAAGAACCGCGUCUUAUUUGUUGGUGAUACGGUUUAUGAGCGCGCACCUAUCCUUUUUCCGGAGGGCGGAAGUAUCUCCGAGUAUCGAGAUACAAUUGAUAGGUUACAGCAGCUCGUUCAUGGUUGGAAUCAAGAGGAAGAAGUCAAUUGCACAAGAUCACCUUGA